AUGUCGUCCAAUUCCAGCGAAUACCGCAGCCUUCUCCGCCACGAAGGCAGCGAUCUCUCGGAUGCUUCAACUGCACUUGACACUCCUCAAUCAACGCCUUCGAUAUCGUUCACCCAUCGCCAGUCUGUUUAUAGCGGACCGGACUCGCAUGUGGCAUCUCCCGAUUUGAUAGAUCCAAGAACACCACCCCUCCACCAUUCCAUUGAGCAAUACGCUGGAGUGCAAGGGCUCGGCCUGUCCAACAGUUCAAACCGCGCCUCGUUUCCUCGAAAGCCGGUGAGAUCUCGAGCUGCCAUGUCACCACCGUCUCCUUCCAAUCCCUCACCAUCUCCUUUCAAUCCCUUCGCAACACCUCCCGAAGCCUCUUCUCCAUCAUCCCAUUUACACCAACUUCACCGCCCUGGCAGAGAUACGAUUCAUCCUACCAUGGACCAGGUUUACAUCCCGUCAACGAAGCAGACGAGGGCUUUCUACAUAAAGGACGACCGUCAUCCUUCCACGAGGAAUUGACAGACACCCCCACCGGUGUGGGGAACGAUGCCCAAUUUGGCGGCAUUCAAAUGCUUAAUCAUAAUGAUAACAACACAAUCGGUAUGAAAGCGACUUGGCAUUUACGUUGUAGCGCUGACACAAGCACAGGACUGAUGGAUGGUUGCCCAUCAGCGCAUGACAUAUAUUCACCAAGAACUAACUGGUUGUCCAUGUCGGUCAUCUUUGCUUCGAUAUACUCGACUCUUUUCUCGGGUCUUUGGUUCCUUCUUGCCGUAUUAGGUCCACGUUACGGUGGUUUGAUACAAUCAACGGGUGGUCGGCUUACCAGUUUCAAUGCAAGAACAGUUUUUACCCUCCUCGCAAAGACGAUCGAAAUGACCUUUGUGACUGUUUUUGUUACGUUCUUAGGUCAAGUUUUGAGUCGGCGAUCGUUGAUAAAACUCGAGCGCGGCGUGACCAUCUCCGAAAUGACGAUGCGAACUUGGGUCAUACAGCCAGGAUUCAUGUUUACACAUUUCCAGAAUGUACAGCACGCCGGUCUAUCAGUACUUGGGGCCAUCACUAUAGUUUCUGCACUUGUAGCGAUGUUUUACACAACGGCUUCCGAUGCUCUUGUAUCGCCACAUUUGAAAUUCGGGAAAAUCCAUAAGAUUGAGAUGCUGGGACAGGUGCAAGCUAGUUAUGCUCAUGUCAGAUAUAUGGAGGAUCGUUGUCAAACUCCAACAGGCGCAGAGCUAGACACUGAUAAUAGUGGUGGCUCAUGUAACCAGAUUAUGUAUGCUGGACAGUGUACGUGUCUUUUGGCCAUUCCAUGCUCCACUGCUAACCUCUCAUUAGCAUAUCACGAUUCGAUUGCGUACCUUCGUACAUGGACACUAAUAAAGGACGGUGGUGGCACAGGAAUGGACGCGUCUUCCGAUAUGACCAAGAGGCCUGCUGCACCAAGCAUGCUGUAUGAUAAUACAACUGUUAUUGGAAGUUGGAUAGAGACCGAAAAGAGCAACAUGACAGCUGCCUAUGCCAAGCAUAGUCGAAUUAUCAAUGAGGUAAGUCUUGCUAUGCCGCAUGCUGGAGUAUGGACGGCCGCAAGACAUGAAAAGAAUCGGAUUCUUCAACCACAGCAUCUUGACAAUCUCGGAAAGUACGAAUUGAAAGCCUCUGUCGCUAGCCCUAGCAUCAAUGUGCUUUGUGCAAAUGCAAAAGAGACAGAGCUUAAGCCUAUAGUUUUUGCGACCUGGCCGGAUUCAGGUAUGCCCCGCAUCGUGAGCGAUGAUACUCUCACACCUCCAAAGGACUGGCAGCAGAGGGUACGGCCAGUUGACGGUCAAAAGUAUUUGAAUUCCACUGUGUUUGAUGACAUUUUCCAUUGGGGAGAAAAGUAUGAACGGCAGCCGCCAGUUUUUGCGUUGGUGAGUGCAGCAGUUUCAUACUCAGUUUCUCUUAGCCAAAAUGCAUUACCCUGUCCAUGAAUCACAUGCCGUCUUACCGCAACGAUUUCAAUGUUUUGAAACUGGAUUUGAGAUUGGCCUGUUUGUUUCAUCACUCUAACGUUCGACAGUUUCCAGCGGAGUAUAACUCGAUUGCCAAUUACUCCUUUGCACUAGGAUCUUACGGGUCACAUGUAUACCUGCUUAUCAAAGCUCCAUCCAAGAUCACGCCAGAUUAUACUAUUUGCCAACUGAAAUCUUUCCUUUCAGUCGAAUGUAGCACACAUUACAAUGUAACAGGGAGCGCAUCCGGGCAUCUAGAGUCUCAUUGUAACCAUCCCGAAGAUAGUAUGGCUUACAAAUCCUCCAUGCCGAAUGCAACUUCCAACCCCGCUCCGGACUGGCGUGACGUUGGUGCCGAAUGGCUCAACGCUGUGUCUCUCAAUAACGGACUCAACAACCAGAACGCUUCUAACGCGCGAGUGCUCAGUCACUUAGUUCAAGCAGAAGACGCGGUAGAUAAGUCUGUCAAGUUGAAUCCUCUCAUGCCUAGUCUAGCGGAACAAUUGGCCGUUCUAGCGGGCAACACACUCCUCGUCAGUUCCAUGGGUUCGAGUUUCAAACCACAGUGGGAAUACAAAUGGAAUUACCAACGCGGUCAACCCGAACACCCACACAUUGAUGAACGCUUCAAUGCGACGGUAAGAUCGCAGGAGUACGCAUCUGGUUACUCAACGGAGUGGGAACGAAUGUUCUACACGGUCCUCUUCUUGGCAUUUGCAAUCAACUUCUUCUGCCUCUUCUUCUUAUUUUGGUAUCCGGGUCUGGUAACGGAUUUCACGGAACAAGAGAAUCUCUUUGCCUUAGCUAUGAACUCUCCACCAGCAAGCAGGUUGAGUGGAAGUUGCGGUACGGGACCGGAGGGGGAGCAGUUGACCAUCAAUUUCCAAGUUCACAAGGACGAGGGAAGUCAACAUUAUUAUAUUGUCGAUCCGGGACGGAACAUGACGGAAAGUGCAAUUGCGAUGAGGAGACGACAGCAUAGGAGAGAGUUGCGUAGUCGGGAUAGUUACCAGUUUUUAAGCUCCAGGAAGAAUAGCUGGUUGUGAUGGAAGGAGAAUACGUACUCGAGUACAUAGACUGAGUUGCAGGGUAAUCUAAUGAAAGGUUUUGGUAGAGCAUGUAAUGUGUUUUGGGUGCAGCUGGGAAAGGGAGAAAGUUGGUUGGUCGUAUAUAUUCUUUUUUCUUCAUUUCCCCCUCUAUCAAUUCACACGCUCCAUGAAGCGAGGGAGGUUUGGGAAAGGGUUGUGAUAUCGAGGGUUGUUUGGUACUCAAUACUGUACUCGAAGCGGUGUGGUGCCAGGCCAAGACAAAGGGGGCAUUGUCGCUUAGCGAGGGGUCGAGAUCCCCCACAUUUUGUGGUACGUGCAAGGGUUGCCCCAGCUAUUGACGUCAUGGCAUUUUUCUCCACACUCACAUCAUCACUCGUAAUUUCAUUUUCACGCUCAAAUAAAGCAGUCAUGUUUUGUUCGAGGACCGAAAGAACAUGGACCAUGCUGGAUGUAAUUGCAGAACCGGACGUCUCCUAAAAAAUGAGAAUAUGACGGGAUUCAGAUAUGAAGGGAUUCAGAUAUGGAGGGAGAUUGAGAUGAAUGCCACGAGGGGAGUACAGUACAAGGCGUGCAAGGUAGAGGAAGAGAUCCGUUUUCGUCAUACGGUAAGCGCGAUCUUCUGGGCACACCAAUCAUUUGAUAUCUCCGAGUCCGCCCAUCGCACUUUCCCCGCCAAAAACCAGAACAGGUGACUUUCCUGGCGAUGCGAUGCGUGUGAUGGAUGCUUGGAAAAUCCGGUUGCGUGCCCUACGGCGUAAAAGGCGGGUUGUUGAUCGACCGGAUACAAUCUUGGGUGCGCCACCCGUGGACACUCCCACUCCACCCCCAAUGCUUAGAAACAUCGAUAAUCCAAUAGCGGGCAUUCUGCAUACGUCGUACCUGUCUUGUUAUUGCGCUGCACUGCACUGCGUUACAUCAUUCGUCCCAUAUAAGUAGCUGGCUGUACCCGCUUAGCCAUGUCGGAUGUUCAUUGUCCUUCAAUACUCCUACCAGUUGAUCCCUCCCAACCUCAUCCGAGCCCCAACUCCAAUUCACAACAACAACUACAGCAACCACGGCCCAAACUCCAACCCUCGGAACGACAGAAAGAAACUUCCCACUCAUCUGGCUUUUCACAACAAGUUACUAUCGUUUCCCAAUCAGAUCCAUCACACACCCAAGCCCACAGCCACUCUAGCAGUUCCGAAACCUUCCUCAAACCACCCACAUUCCUGGGUAUCGGAAGUCGUAAACAAUCCGACGCCCCCUCAGUACCGAGUAUCAACCUCAACACUCCGGCCGUUCAACUCCAACCAUCCCAAAAACAACAUUACCUCGCCAAACUCGAGCCGGUAGUCAACAUGGCAAAAGGCACUUUGUUUCUGAAGGGCCUCUCCUUCUUCCUUCGAUUGAUACAAUUCGGUUGUACGGUUGUGAUCUUGGGUAUUUUUAGUUACUUCCUCGCUGUGCUCGCGAACCAUGAUUUACCCAUCGCAACCUACAUCCGCGCUGUCGAAGGAAUCGCCGGUGCGGGAGUGCUGUAUACGAUAGUGGGACUCUUGUUAGUUUGUUGUCUAGGUGGAAUUGCGAUCUUGAGUUUCAUCGCUAUGUUACUUGAUGUCGCAUUUGCGGGAGCUUUUGCCUAUGUGGCGUAUGCGACGAGAGGUGGAAGAAGCUGUACUGGGAUUGUGGAUACGCCCCUUGGUGGAGGGGACGCCAGUGGUGAUAACAGAGUGCCGGAUGGCAGUGGUGGUUUCACUGUUUUGCCGAGUUUGAGAACGGCUUGUAAGUUGAAUACGGCUUGUUUUGCGGUUGCUAUUAUUGCUGGGUAAGUCUUCUGCCUUCCUGUCAAUUUCUAUCAAGAGUAAGAAGCAACGCAAUGCUAAAUAAUAUUUACAGUGUAUUCUUCCUUCUCUCCAUCCCUCUCGAAGUCGCCCUCAUCCGCCACCACAAGAAAGAAAAGGCCUUUGGUCCUUCUCCCAUGAACAACUAUACAGCCGGACGCUCUCCCUCGCGUAAGUUCUGGCAAAGAAAACCAAAGCAUACCGCCGGUGAUGUGGAGAAACCAGAUGCAUUACCAAUGCAUGCUACACCUGCGGAUGCAAGAAUGAGCUAUGCAACCGAGAGUACCGCCGUUACGGAUCGGUAUGGAAAUCCUGUUGCGCCCUCGAGUGUGGGUACGGGGUGGCAGACGACAACUACUACCCACGUGCCAGCAAAUUCUGGGUAUGGCCGGCCAGCUGCGAACUUCUAAAAGCGAAGCGUAGAGUUAUACCGGGCUGGUUCUGUAUGAUAUUUCUUUUGUGUUGCGAUUAGCGAAAGGGGAAUGGACUGUUGGUGGGGGGGGGCUUUACGAUACCCAUGAGUGACCGAGAAAAUGCUGGUUAGAAGCAGGUGGUGUAGCUUUUAGGAUUAUUAGUAGAGUAUUUAAUACAUAAUAUUAUUG